CGCGUGUCUCUGUCUCGUCACUCUCUUCUCUCUACGCGUAUCAGCCACCCCACCCCCGUCCGUCUCUCUCUGCGCGCCCUCCAUCUCCGUCAGGCUCCACAAGUCCUUCGCCCAACUCUUUUUCCGGUGAUAAACAAAAGCAAAAGUCUCCAAAGGUAAGCCGUAGUGGUGAGAUGGGGAAGCAAAAAAGGAAAGAGAUUGUUAAAGCAAACAAGAGCGACGACGAGAACAGGAGCACUGAAUCCGGAGGGGCGACAAGUGAAGUUAUCAAUGAGAUUACACAAGAAGUUUCUGCUGCACAUACAGUGAAGUCUCGCCCCAUCUUUAUCCUGGAAGACGCCUCUCUUGAAGUAGGCCUUGUUCGUAAGAAACGUAAGAUUCUGAGUUCUAGUGAAGAUAGCAGCUUCCUGUUAAAGCAGGGGAGAAAUCCAAACAAUUAUCGUCCUGACAUUUUUUUUGAGGCACUUCGCGCAAUCUUAGAUAGCCCUCUAAAUAAAGUAGGAAUGGUUGGAGCUGUGUAUGCCAAAACUAAUUCUGGUGUUGUUUUGGAGGUCAAGCCCCAUACUCGUAUACCUAGAACGUGCAAACGAUUUUGUGGUCUUAUGGUGGAGCUGUUCCAGAAAUCUUGUGUUCGUGCCAAAGAUACUGGAGAAGUUCUUAUUCGAGUCCUUCAAGGGCCUUUGACACAGCAUAUACCUGAAAAUGCCCGUGUAAUUGGUCUAUCAUAUAGUUCAGAGAAGGUGGUUGAUAUAGAGGACUAUGUUUCUACUUUGCCAGAUGAACUGGAUGUUGUUUUUGUGGUGGGUACGAUGGCCAAUGGUAAAGUUAGCCAGGACGGAAAGGAUGACUAUAUUUCAGUUUCACACUAUCCACUUGGUGCAAAGUGCUGUGCUGGGUUGAUCUGUGAGGCACUGGAGCAAAAAUGGAAUAUCUGAUAUGCAAUUUGCCUGGGGGAAGGAAGGAUUGCUGUCAACAUAUUUACUGCAAGUGAUCUUGGUUCUUGCUUGGACCCGUUUGUCACAGGCUUCUGGAGUAAGGUGAAGUCUUCAAGGAAGAGUUUAGGACAUGAAAUAGGAGGGAGGGGUUCUAAUAUUACCCUGCUGUAUGUAAUUUGCUAUCUUUCUUUCAAGUUAUUUGUCCACGGGGCCAGGGCAUUUGUUUUUAAUUAUAAUGUGUUUAAAGCAUUUAUCCAGGCUUUGAAUUUUGACUUGCUGAAUGUCAUCCUCUAUUGAUGGAAUGAAACUGGUUCUCUGUUGGAUGAGUGUUGCCCAUGAACAUGAUGCCCGGUAAGGUGUGAUUAGUCUAGACUAGUAGGGUU